CUCGCCAGCCUCAUACAUAAGUUACUCAUUCAUCCGAUCCAGCAGCUGCCCAGUUUUUUGUUCAAAUAUAAGUGUUAUUUUCAUAAUUUUGUAUUGUGAAAAAUAGAAAAGUGUUACGCACAAAAUUUUCUACAUCGUGAUUCCUCCAUCUUUCUUUGGGAUGUCGAGAAUGAUUACACCGGCGGACUUUACUGACAAGAAGGAGAACAUUGUUAACCUGUCAUCUUCGCAAACUCAUGUACAAUUACUGGCUGGGAUAAUUCCAAACAAACUGAAGAGUCAUGUCGGAAAGAUUCUUGGAAAAACUAACAAGUUUAAGGACAAGUACCCUUGCACCAUGUUCUACCUGAUUUCAAGUAAUUCCGGAAAUCGACUUCUUCUCACAGGCUCUGGCUGUUGGGGUUGUGGGGUUGAGGGAGAAUAUGCAGAAUUUGAAAAAAAUUACAACGCCAUUAAGACCCUCUCAGUGGACGGCUUCUCUGUCGAAUUAAUUCCGCGUUGCUAUACAGUAAACAAGCAUAACAUGGAUAUUAACAGCGAUGAGAGUAAUACCCCGGUCAGAUCUUCCACGAAUGUAAACGAUUUUAAAACUUUUGACCAAGUUCUCCUAUAUGUGACCGGCUUGGAUCGAAUUUUUGACGUUUUAAGGAGCAAAUGGGGCAAACUUAGUAAAGAAAUGCCUCAACUGCUUUCUCCAGAGUGGAACAACAUUCAUCCAAAACUCACCUGGUUGGGAAACAUGAUGGCCACUGUAGGCAUGGUCACAGAAGAUAUUAAGUACGUGAAGAUGUUUUUUUGGGGGGCUCAGUACACACAACUUUUGCUCGACUUGGGCAAGAUUGACUGCUCAGAUAACAAGUAUAAGUACCUAUGGAGUUUGGUCAACAAACUACCAACACUUUAUUUUCUCGAGUUGGGCAAGGUCGACGCUACAGAUACGGAUUUUAAGAAAUUAGGAAACCUCAACAAACUCCGGAAAGAAUUGAUGAAGUUCGACUUCCGGCAAAAAUUGAAAAACUUUUAUUCAAGUGUUGAAUACACAAAACUUUUACACGACUUGGGCAAGAUAGCAACAGAUACAGAUACAUAUAGCCAUUUUAAGAGCCUAAACGAAUCCGUCAAAAACUUAGAUGUGUUUUUUUUGAGUUUUGUGACGCAACUCAUCAGCCAAAAAUUUGCUGACUCAGAUGACAAUUUUAAAAAACUAAUCACAUUAAAGGAUGGCAUGAACAGUAUCCCUACAAUAAUAAAGCUUCUCGAACUUUGGCAGCUUUACCUAAAUUUUGUGGACCCCAUGCAAACCCCACGAACUUUCGAUCUCGUUUUUGACUCUUAUGCGGGUAAUCCACCAGCCAAUUUCCAACUCUUCCUUCAGGAUAUAUGGGCCGACUUGCUAAAAAUGGGUGUCCGGUAUGUAUUCUACGCUUUUUCGCGAUGUGCGGAGGACAAUUUGCUCGAAUAUUUGUACAACCAUCCCGAUACCCUUGACGAUAAAGGGUGUCAUAUCAUGUUCGCGAUUAAGAAUAGUAAUAUAACUGACUACACCAAGUCCAUAAAGAUCAAGGCCCCUUGUGAUUUUUGCUACUGGACCUUUCCCCAUCAUUUCGACAAAAUUGGGGAGAACCAACUGGGAAAGUGGGGAAAGACUUUGAAUUUGCCAGCCUUUGAGAAUCCUCAAGCUUACUUGUCGUCAUUGCUACGGCGUAGGGAGUUUGAUGAUUUUAAGAAUUUCUAUCAAAGGAUUCAGCGCAACAACGGAUUCAGAUUUAUGCCUGCGCAAGACGGCAAAACAGUCCUACAUGUGGCAUCCAUGUAUCACAGUGAAACCGAAUUUGUAAACUUUAUAUACCGUGAGGAACCUGACUUGUUGGAAAAAAGAGAUAAUGAUGGCAGAACUGCACUGCAUCACGCCGUUAUCAACGGACACCCCAAAGUUGUCAAGUUCUUACUAGAAAUCACAAAGGAGUAUGACGAUCCCGAUUAUUUUCCCUUUGGGAAUACUGCAUUCUCUUACGCUGUGGCAAAUCCAAAUCAAGCCAUCCUGACUUUAUUCUUCGAGAGGAAACCCAAGCUGCUGUCCUACCAUCCAAUGUUGAGAUUUAAAAAUAUAUUGACCACUGCAGCAGCCACAUCGACUUUAAGUACGGUGGAGAAAAUUUGCAGUUUUCAGGAUGCCCCGGAUGCCCUCAAUUCUCCUGGCUACCAAGGAAAAACUCCACUCUAUGCGGCAUGGGAACGUGGUAAUUACGAUAUAUUCAAGUUUCUAUUGAAGAAGGGGGCCGAACUAAACAUAAUUCCAGAACUAGCAACUUUGUGCGAAAUAUUUUUGGGAUCCAUUCCGAAAAGAAGAUUCGACAUUGUCCGGCUUUUGCUAGAUGAGAAACCCGAGUUGCUUGAAGAGUUUCAAAAUUGCACUUGCGGCAAUCCUGAUCUCUGUAAUGCGCUCCAUUUGGCAGCAAUUCACGGGAGUUUGGACGACAUCAAAUUAUUGACGAGAAAUAAUUUUGCAGUGACUAAAACUUCCACGGGGAGAACGCCUUUGGACAUCGCGAGAGAAAGACGAUUUCAAGAAAAGGAUAUUAUUGACCACUUGGAAAUCUACCAAAAAGUUAGGGUUGACGACCCUUUCUAAAUUUAACAAGCUCUUAACUUCC